CUGGCGGGGUCAGAGGGCAGUAAGAUGGCGGUUCCCAUGAGCGAACUGCUGAGCUUCUGCGCGGAGCCGAGCGGCGCGGCCUCGCGGGUGGAGGUCAGGUUCAUCAGCGGCCUGAAGGGAAAGGGACUCUUUGCCACUAAAAGUGUAAGGAGAGGGGAAACCAUCUUUGUGGAGCGCCCCCUGGUGUCUGCACAGUUCUUUUGGAAUGCACUCUAUAAAUAUAAGGCUUGUGACCACUGCAUGCGCCCCCUGGAGACAGCGGACGAGAAUGGCCGGAGGCUCUCAGCGAAUCCCGACCUGAUACUUCCUCACCAGGAGCAGUGCAGCGUCCGCCCACAGCUCCACCAGCUCUGUCCCUUCUGCCAGGUGGUGUACUGCAGUGCAGAGUGCAAACAGGUAGCCUUUAAUCAGUAUCAUCAGGCUCUGUGCCUCGGGCCCUCGAAGGACGACCCUAAGCAUCCUCUCAACAAGCUGCAGGAGGCAUGGAGGAACAUGCAUUACCCUCCGGAGACUGCCAGUAUUAUGCUCAUGGCCAGAUUAGUUGCCACAGUGAAGCAGGCAAAGGACAAAGCUCGCUGGCUCAAGCUCUUCUCCCAGUUCUGCAGCCGAACGGCCAACGAAGAGGAAGAGAUUGUGCACAAGUUAAUUGGGGACAAGUUCCAGGGGCAGCAGCAGAUCCUCAGACAGCUGUUUACUGAAGCUCUGCAUGAGGAAUGUCUCGCUCGGUGGUUCACUCCUGAGGGAUUCCUUUCACUCCUCGCAUUGGUUGGGACUAAUGGGCAAGGCAUCGGGACCAGCUCUCUGAGUCAGUGGGUGCACGGGUGCGAUGCACUGGAGCUUCCUGCACAGGAGCGAGAGGAGCUGGACGCCUUUAUUGACCAGCUGUACAAGGACAUCGAGAAAGAAAGUGGCGAGUUCCUGAACUGUGAAGGCUCCGGCCUCUACGUGCUCCAGAGCUGCUGUAACCACAGCUGCACCCCCAACUCUGAGACCUGUUUCCCACAGAGCAAUUUCCUGCUGCACCUGACGGCACUGACGGACAUCGAGGCGGGAGAGGAGCUGUGUAUCAGUUACCUUGAGUGCUGUCAGCGAGACCGCAGCAGGCAUUCCCGCAUGAAGAUCCUCAGAGAGAACUAUCUCUUCACCUGUUCCUGUCCCAAGUGCCUGGCCCAGGCCAGCGAUCCUGACCUGACUUCGGAGGAAGAGGAGGAGGCGGAGCUAGAGGAUGAGAUGACGGAUGUGUAACGAUGGCGAGCACCGCGGGCACAGGCUGACCCCACACCCACCAGCGGCAAGAGAGAGAGACACGGACACACGCAGAGAGUGAGCCUUCACCCACCCUAAAAAACACAAGCAAAUAGCACACAAUCUAACUGACUCCCUCCAUCACUUGCUGACAUCAAAAGAGCGGGAGAGAGACGGAGAGUGAGCGGGAGUGAGAGAGAGAGAGAGU